AUGGAAUCUCACACCCCAACAACGGAGUCGUCUUCUCAUAAGCGGCCUCGGUCUCCCACCAACGAUCAUGGCAUGGCAUCGAAAAUGCCCAAGACGCACUCGAACCACCUGCAGAUAAAUUAUCUGGCACGGCAAUACCCUGACAACCUCCCACUCGUCUCCAUCGACGAUACCAUGCCCGCGAUCAUCCAUCUACUCGGCGAAUACGACGGCGUUCUACACCGUCACGAGAGCAUUGCCGGAAAUCUGGGCGCAUGCCCGCUCGGUCCGAUCUUGAUCAAGCGCUUCGAGCGUCUGUUCGAUGGACCGCCGCAGGUGUUGAAAUCCCAUGGUAAAGACGGACCCACGGUGACCUGGCUCGAUGUGGUCGAAUUCGCAAAGAAUAAGCCCGAGCAAUUCAAUCUGGAGAAGUCGCGCAAUGGCGUGCGAGUCUGCCAGUUCUAUACCAAGCAGUGUCGCGUGGAAAUCAGCGAGGAGGACUUCGUUUUGAUUGCCUCUGGCAUGCCGCAGAAGAUGAUCCCACCUCAGCCUAUCAUCGAGGAUGAGGAAAAGGAGCUAGGCGCGCUUGAGAUUCUUGAAAAGAACUUGUACCAUAUCAUCCAGAUGGCUGAUCAAGUCUCUGCUCGAGCGCGACAGCUUAACCAUCGUUUGAAGAAUCGUCGCAAUGCUAUUGUCACUCGACGCGAGAACGAUGCUUCUCUACACACGCAAUCCCGAAAUGUCCCCGAAGUGUGGCGCGAUGCCAACGGUCAUGGCUCAGGUAACGGCCAUGUAUCAUCAUCUCACCCCUCUCCGUCUGGUUUCGUCGCUGUCAACGCCCAUCGCCCUGAACCCGAGCACACCGAGGAGAACCCUGUGACAUCCCAAUCAUCUCAAUUCAUGUUCUCACAAUCCACCGAUAAUGUCACCAUGAUCAACGGACAAUCGAUCAAAGGUGCCUCCCCAACCACCCGUGCAGAUCUGAUGAAGAGGUUUUUCACAACGGCUGACCGCCACGCUCGCGGCUAUGAAGAUGCAGCAGCCCCAGCAGCCAACCCUCAGCCACUCCCACGGCCCCGUGCCUCCGAUCCAGCAGACUACAGUCUUUACAACCCGGCGACGGCAACCCCAGUCGCCAUCCCAAGCACCCCAUCAUCCCUCCUCCCACCGCCAAAAUCAAUCCACCAAGAAAAAGACGACGGGGGCCCUUUCAAGCUAGAAAUGAUAGCUCGCAUGGAAGAGCUCCAGCGCGGCGAGCGCGUCAUCCCACCGUGUGACCGCUGCCGCCGCCUCCACAUGGACUGUCUCAAGAACCUCACAGCCUGCGUUGGCUGCACGAAGAAACACGCCAAGUGCUCCUGGCGCGACGUCAAAGAAGACGAAGUGGCAGCAUUGCGUGCGGGCAUCACCACCUCAACGGUAUCCAACGAGCGUCCCGAUAAGGAUCGCUCCAGCUCAAACGUCACCCCACCCCGGUUUAUGGGUCCACUACCCCCGAUCUCCGCCGAGCGCGAGCAUCCCCGAGAGCCGCCCUUCGAGCCAGAGGUCAACGCCUACUACCAACACCGCCGUGAGUCGGCCCCUUCGGCCCCGAACCUGGCUCCUGGCUCUGCGGUCCCGAUGGAGCUUCCUUCAGGUGAUAAUUCCCCGCGACGGGCAGUGAGCGAGACAGAAAAGAGGGACCGCCCUCAUGUCCCUGCUGGUCGUGUCUCGGAUCGCUCCGAGGACGAAGAUCCCGAUGCCAAUCAACGUCUUAGACAGGCUAUUAUGGAUACUGUUGAUCAUCACACACGCGUCGCUGCCGCUGUGCAGAAGAGGGAGCUUGGUGCCGAGCGUGGAGAACACACAGGUAUGAGUGCUGCUGCCGGUGUUAUUCCUGCUUCAGGCCCGGCUCCGGCUUCUAAUGCUGGUUCUUAUGACCGGGACCGGGAACGGGAACGUGAGGCUGAUCGUGACCGUGACCGUGACCGUGAUCGUGAUCGGCGUAUGGUGCAUGCGUAA